AGUUCCCCGAGCAACUUUGUUGUGUAACGUGUGCCGGUGGACGCGGUGAUUGUGUUGGUGGUGGGGGCAUAUUUUGAUCAGAGAUUAUUUCUUUGUAUUGAACCCCUAAAUUCUCUAAAAAGAAGCCCGCCAAGACCAAAGAGAUGGCUGUGUCUUCUGGGACAUCUGGAAUGCUGGCAACAUGCCUGUUCAUGCUCCUGUUUGCGACCAUGCAAAUCUACAAGAGCCAGCUAACGUCCAGCCAACCGAUGACCAUCGUGGGUGGAUUCCUGGGAUCUGUGCUGUUCAUUCUGAUCCUGACCGCCAUUUCCAACUUCGAGACACAUUUCUUUGGGAGGAAUUUCCAGACAAAACUGAUUCCUGAAGUGGUGAUUGCACUGGUGAUAGCCAUGGCAGCUUCAGGCAUGGUGCAUCGUGUCUGCAUUACAACUUGUCUCAUCUUUUCCAUUGUGGCACUGUACUACGUCUCGAGGAUAUCCAUCAAGGUUCACGGGUCUGGUGCGGGCGCCGCCACGGCCGUCCCGGUCACCAAGGGAAAGAAGGGGAAAUAGAUCGAUGACUCAUCUUAAUUGCCUUCUCAUCUUGCUUUGAAUAAAUACCUCACGAGAGGUGUCGGUGCCUGUUCCAAGUUGAGUGAUAUCGUCUUGCUGCGAAGAUUAUUCAACCACCGAGUAAUCCUAAGUAUGUGCGAAUUAAAUGUUAAAACUGGUGA